AUGAGGGGCGCAUGGGGCAAGUGUAACUUUACUCAUAGCCUCCUGUUUUUCCCAAAGAAUGAGUUAGGUUACCAGCCACGAUGGAAAAAAAUUGCAAAGCAAGAUCAAAACAGUAGUAGAACAACAGCAGUAGAACACAGCACCGGGCACAUAUACAUUAUACAAUAUUCAGAAGCGGAGGUGAUCUCUAUCGGCGAAAGUGAAAACCUGACCGAGCGGAAUUUGAACCAGCGAACAUUGGGAUCGAGCCCCGUUGGUGGUUCGAGCCCACCAUAUACAUAUAUAAUUGCGCACACAUUAACUAUAUGGUUUGGCAUUUUCUUUCAUUACAAUCAGGGGUGCUGGUCAUUGUCAUUGAAUAAUAUACAUAUUAUCAUGUCAUCAACAAGCGAGUUUAAUCUAGGCUACGAGUGUAUGGUAUCAUUUGACGUUACUUCACUGUACACAAAUGUACCGAUAAAGGACACAUUAUAUAUCAUCAGGGAAUUACUGCUAAAUGAUGAUGAGUAUGAGAACAAAACACGCAUCCCUAUAGACAAACUAAUGUCCUCGGUCCAAGUUGUGCUUACAAAAACAUGGUAUUUAUUUGACGAUCACGCUCCAAGAGUUUGGAAAAGAUUUGUGGAUGACGUCUUUUUAAUAAUUAAAAGAGCACAUCUAGACGCAUUUCAUGAACAUAUCAAUAAUUUGCACCCGAAGAUUCAAUUUACAACUGAACACGAGAAGAACGGUACGCUUCCUUUCUUAGACACUCUAGUGUCUCGAAACGGUGGUAACUUAUCAGUAUCAGUAUACCGCAAACCAACUCAUACUGAUCAAUAUCUCAACCACACAUCCAAUCACCAACUGUCCUGCAAAGAAAGUGCGGUGUCUUCAUUACUGGACAGAGCAGUCAAUGUAGUCAGUGGAGAGAAUGACCGAAAGAAAGAGUUAUCUCAUAUAAACAACGCCUUACUUGCAAAUGGGUAUUUGAGACAAACAAUUAAAAGGGUUGAGAGGAAAAUCAGGAACAGAACUGAUAAGAACAGUGACGGAGAGGAUGCAGAAAAUGAACCAGUAGCUACAGUGUGUAUGCCGUAUAUACCAGAGACAAGUAACAUACUUCGUCGGAGAGUCAAUGUAAUUGUCUACGAAAUCCCGUGUAAGGAUUGUGAUGCUGUUUAUGUCGGUGAAACGAAACGAAUGUUCAAACAACGUGUGCAAGAGCACAAAAGAGCUGUACGCAACGCAGAUACAGACAAAAAUGAGAUUGCGGACUAUAGCUGGAAGAAUGAUCAUGUUAUUGACUGGGACAAUAAAAAGAUCAUAGACCGAGAGUCUGGUUGGAAAGCAAGAAAAGUGAAAGAAACCAUAAAUAGUAUAGACAGAAAUACUCACAUCAAUAGAGAGGCUGAGGUGCUUUUAUUGGAGCGCACAUAUUACAAUUUGCAAAUGUUGUUGGGACAAUUUGUUCGAAUUGGAAACUCUUGCCAACGGAGAGGGAUUUUGUGCUUUUCAAAGAAGUACGGAUCAUUUGUUUAUUUCUAG